AUGAUUGCAGGCAUAUUGAUCUUGUCUUCUUUCAGCUACUUUUACUUGUUCAACUUGGCCCGUACUUCGGACAUAUUCUCUGGUACUGUUACGCGUCUUUACCCGACCUUCGUUUACGCUGAUAAAGACGCUACUCAGUUUCAACAAUUAACACGCAGUGAAUUACCUAGCAACCAAGAUACUGUCAAGAUUCAACUCAAACAAAUUUCUAUUACUUCUGCUGACAAAGAGAAUGUGAUUGAUACACAUGCCCUUAAUAACAUUCUUCGCUUUCAACGCACUAUUGAACACACCUUGUUGGAUGACCAUGUCGGCCAGUUUGGCUAUAAUGCUUUAUGCUUUAAAGAUGCUCAAGGCCAAUGUUUUUCUCAAUCUCUUUCCGAUAUUUUUGGUCAGACAUUGACAGACGACAUCAAGAAAUCCAUCAAUACUUAUCCUGAACUUGCUCAUUCUAUCUUUGGUGAUUUGGAUUUAAAUGCUUCUACUGCUUCUUCUAUUUUGCUCUCUUUUGCCUUUAAUGCUUCUACCGGUUAUCGUCAACAACUGUCUUCUUUAUGGGAGCAAAAGGUGGCCACUUUAUCUUCUGGUGAUCUCAUUUCCCUUUCAGACACAGGUCAUCAAGAAGAUAUUUUUACUUGGGGUUUUAUUAUUACUCGCAAUAUAGUUUUCCGUAUCAAGGAAUUGAUUGAGAUGGCUGACAAUAUUGAUAUUAUUGUGAUCUUGGCAGGCUAUCUGAUGAUGGUCACUACUUUCAUUUCACUUUAUAUGAAUAUGAGAUCCAUGGGCUCUCGUUAUACUUUAGCCACUGCUGUCAUUGUCAAUGGUUUCUUUAGUUUUAUGUUUGCCUUAUUGACAGUAAAUGCUCUUGGUGUUGAUGUCUAUCCUGUCGUAUUAGCUGAGGCUAUUCCCUUUUUAGCUGUUACAAUUGGGUUUGAACGUCACUUUAAACUCACUAAAAGAGUAUUCGAGUUCAGCAAAGAAACAUCACUAACCAAACAAGAAAUCAGAAAAACCAUUGUUUGUGCUGUUGAUUCCGUUGCCUUGCCUAUCACUAGAGAUUGCAUUAUGGAAAUUACAGUGCUUGCCUUGGGCGCCAAGUCUGGCAUCUCUGGAUUACGUGAAUUCUGCCUUUUGAGUGCUAUCUUGUUAGCUUAUGAUUUUAUCAUCAUGUUUACUUGGUAUACUGCUGUAUUGGCAUUGAAACUUGAGCUGUUGAGAAUUCGUGAGAUUAAUGCAACGAUUAAAGGAACAUCUACCAGUGAAACUACUGGAACAGGUUACAUUCGUCGUACAGUCGUAAAAGCCUUCAGUGAUAGCACAACAACAUCAACAACAACGAACAAUCAAAACCUCAAGUCUGAUGAACCUCUUAUUGGACGAGUCAAGCUAUUGAUGAUCGUAGGCUUUGUUGCCAUGCAGCUAUUUAAAGUUUGCACUACAUUCCAAGGAACCGCUGGUCCUCAAGUCAGCGUCAUGGAGCCUGGCGUUAGUAAUGUGCUUGAAAAGCUCCUUAAGCAGCAUCGUGCAUCCAAUGAUAGCAAUUUGUCACUCUUGAUUGAAGUCUUUCCUCCUUUGCCUUUCCAUAUCACUUCUAGUGUACGUAAGACAUUUGUACCUGAAAGUAUCCGAAGACCUUUGGAUUACUUGUUGGAGACUUACACUGUUUAUAUCCAACAUCCUGUUAUCUCUAAAUGGAUCAUUGUGGCUCUCUUUGUCUCUUUGUUCUUGAACACUUAUCUUUUCAAAGUAGCUAAGCAGCCUGCAAAAGUUGCGGAUAUUCAACAACAACAAAAGACUCCUAUUUCUCCUUCUCCUCAACAAGUGCUUAAAAAGCCUGUUGUUCAUGAAAAGAAACAUCAUGCUGGUGUUCAUGGAGUCAUUCGUACACUUGAAGAAUGCAUGGCAUUGACACAAACACCUGAAUCCUUGACCGAUGAAGAAGUUAUCCUUCUCGUCCAAAAGGGCAAAAUGGCUCCUUAUGCUUUAGAAAGAGUUUUGGGUGACCUUGAACGUGCAGUCAGUAUCCGUCGUGCUUUGGUUUCCCGUGCCUCUAUUACAAAGACCUUGGAAACUAGUUUGCUACCUCUUCACAACUAUCAUUAUGACAAAGUUAUGGGUGCUUGUUGUGAAAAUGUUAUUGGUUAUAUGCCUAUUCCUGUAGGUAUCGCUGGUCCUAUGAACAUUGAUGGCGACAUGAUUCACAUUCCUAUGGCUACUACUGAAGGUUGUUUGAUUGCUUCUACGGCUCGUGGUUCUAAGGCCAUCAAUGCUGGUGGCGGUGCCUCCACUAUCUUGACAGCUGACGGUAUGACCCGUGGCCCUUGUGUUGAAUUCCCCUCGAUUCUUGGUGCUGCUGCAUGUAAACGCUUUAUUGAGGAAGAAGGUGCUGCUGUGAUUACUGAAGCUUUCAACUCAACGUCUCGUUUUGCUCGUCUUAGAAAACUCAAGGUUGCUCUUGCCGGUAAACUCGUCUUUAUUCGUUUCUCUACUACCACAGGUGAUGCUAUGGGUAUGAACAUGAUCUCCAAGGGUUGUGAGAAAGCACUUUCUGUUCUUGCUGAACGUUUCCCUGACAUGCAAAUCAUUUCACUCUCUGGCAACUAUUGUACAGAUAAGAAACCCGCUGCUAUCAAUUGGAUUGAGGGUCGUGGUAAGUCUGUCGUUGCUGAAGCUGUGAUUCCUGGUGCUGUUGUCGAAAAAGUCCUCAAGACCACCGUUGCUGCCCUUGUUGAACUCAAUAUUUCCAAAAAUUUGGUUGGUUCUGCCAUGGCUGGUUCUGUAGGCGGCUUCAAUGCACAAGCUGCUAAUAUCUUGACUGCUGUCUAUUUGGCUACAGGUCAAGACCCUGCUCAGAAUGUUGAGAGUUCUAACUGUAUUACCCUAAUGAAGGCUGUCAACAACAACCAAGAUUUACAUAUUUCUUGUAGUAUGCCCAGUAUUGAAGUAGGUACCAUUGGUGGUGGUACCAUCUUGCCUCCUCAACAGGCGAUGCUUGACAUGCUUGGUGUACGCGGUCCUCACCCUACUAAACCUGGAGCUAAUGCUCAACGCCUUGCUCGUAUUAUUUGUGCUUCUGUCAUGGCUGGUGAAUUAUCGCUUUGUGCUGCUUUAGCAGCUGGUCAUUUAGUCAAGGCACACAUGGCUCAUAACCGUGGUAAUGCUCCUGCUGCUCCUGUACCUGGCAGUUGCAUCAAAUCCUAA